AUGGCCCUGGGCAGCCUCCUCCUCCUCGGCCUGCUGGCGGCCCCCGGCCUGGGGGACCCCGGCCCCCUGGAAGACGUGGUGAUCGACAGAUACUACAUCCCGAAAAUCUGCUUACGGGAAGUCCAGAUGGGGGAUUUCAUCCGCUACCACUACAACGGCACCUUCAAAGAUGGCAAAAAGUUUGACUCCAGCUACGACAGAGGCGCCACGGUGGCGGGCGUGGUGGGAGUCGGCCGGCUGAUCACCGGCAUGGACCGAGGCCUGCAGGGCAUGUGCGUCAACGAGCGGCGUCACCUGAUUGUCCCUCCCCACCUGGGCUACGGCAGCAUCGGCGUCGCUGGCAUGAUCCCCCCCGACACCACCUUGUAUUUUGACGUCAUCAUGCUGGACAUCUGGAACAAAGAGGACAAGCUGCAGAUCACCACCUUGCACAAGCCAGAGCGCUGCAACCGCACUGUGGAGAACUCGGACUUCGUCCGGUACCACUACAACGGCACGCUGCUGGACGGCACCCACUUCGACUCCAGCUACAGCAAGGACAGCACGUAUGACACCUACGUGGGCACAGGCUGGCUGAUCAAAGGCAUGGACGAGGGCCUGCUGGGGAUGUGCGCUGGGGAGAAGAGGAGGAUCAUCAUCCCUCCCUUCCUGGCCUAUGGGGAGAAGGGCUAUGGCACGGUGAUCCCGCCCCAGGCCUCCCUGGUGUUCGAUGUGCUGCUGGUGGACCUGCACAACCCCAAAGAUGGCAUCUCCCUGGAGCACCUGGAGGUGCCGGCGUCCUGCAAGCGCAAGGCUGUGACUGGCGACUUCGUCCGCUAUCACUACAACGGGACCCUGAUGGACGGGACGCUCUUUGACUCCAGUUACUCCCGCAAUCACACCUACGACACCUACAUCGGGAAGGGCUACGUCAUCCCCGGCAUGGACCAGGGCCUGCAGGGCGUCUGCUUCGGAGAAAAGAGAAGGAUCGUCGUCCCGCCGCACUUGGGCUACGGGGAGAACGGAGCCGGGAACAAGAUCCCCGGCUCAGCCGUGCUUAUCUUCGACAUCCACGUCAUCGACUUCCACAACCCCCUGGACUCGGUGGAGAUCGAGACCCUCUCCCGGCCCGAGGGCUGCAACGUCACCACCCAGGAUCGCGACUACGUCCGCUACCACUACAACUGCUCGCUGCUGGAUGGCACCAAGCUCUUCUCCUCCCACGACUACAACCACCCGCAGGAGGCGACGCUGGGGACCAGUAAGGUGAUCGACGGCCUGAACACCGGCCUGCUGAACAUGUGCGUGGGGGAGAAACGGGUGAUCGUCAUCCCCCCGCACCUGGGGCACGGAGAGAACGGAGCCCGGGGCGUGCCAGGCAGUGCUGUGCUCCGGUUCGAGGUGGAGCUGCUCUCCAGGGAGGAAGGAGUCCCAGAAGGCUACCUGUUUAUCUGGCACGGGGACCCACCCGCAAACCUGUACGAGGACAUGGACCUGAACAAGGAUGGCGAGAUCCCCCCCGAAGAGUUCUCCACUUUCAUCAAGGCCCAGCUCACCGAGGGGAAGGGGCGGCUCAUGCCCAGCUCCGACCAGGAGACCGUCAUCGCCGACAUGUUUCAGAACCAGGACCGGAACCAGGAUGGGAAAAUCACCGCGGAGGAGCUGAAGCUGAAAUCGGACGAAGAUCAGGAGAGAAUCCAUGAGGAGCUCUGA